GUUAGAGUAAGUACGGUAUUUCUGCGUCAUAAAAAGGUUUACUGAGCCAUCUAGUGUUUUUUCAUUAUUAUUAUUUCUUUCUAUCUCCGUAGCAGUAUUAUCUAGUUUGCUAAUGCGGUGGCAUGUCGUCACCCACAUACACCCUGAGUCAUAAAGUAACUGCCUACCUACCCCUCCCCUAGGCCAUCAUUUUGCCCUAAGUGAGAAUUAAGUAUAAAUGUUAGCUUAGGGGAGGGGUAGGUGGGCAGUUUUUCAGAAACAUAAAUUGAUCCGAAGUUACUACACAGGGCAAAUUUAUAUCUUCACUUGGCCGAAAACUACUGCUAGAGAAACAAGUUUAAAUUUGGCUGUCAUAGUUUUAAAUUUUAACGUAGAAAUUCUUAUUUGUAUUUAAUGCUAAUAAAUAAGUUGUUGCUUUACACUCUAUUUAAUCAGGAACCCGAAAUUAUUUUUAGGUCAGUGCGGCUCUUGCUGGGCUUUCAGUGCAACAGGAUCACUGGAAGGACAACACUUCAAGAAAACUGCAAACCUUGUCUCACUCAGUGAACAGAACCUUGUUGACUGCUCCGGAAGUUACGGCAACUACGGCUGUGAAGGAGGACUCAUGGAUAAUGCUUUCAGGUACAUCAAAGCCAAUGGUGGCAUUGAUACUGAGGAAAGCUAUCCGUAUGAGGCUAUGGACGGACCAUGUCGAUUUCAACGUGCCUACGUGGGAGCUACAGUCACCGGUAAGAUUUGCUACGACAUAAGAGGGCUUUAAUAAAUAUCAGCUACUGUCCGAAUUCCGGCUUUUUUACGGCACAGUUUGGGCGCUUUGAAGAACCACUGGUACCCAUCGUUGUAUGGGAAUUUUAACGAUAGUGAUUAGCGAUAAACAAAAGCAAGAAAAUACAUCAGAACCUUUUUCUUUAUUCAUAAAGUGCGCUUAGCAUUAUUAGUCGUUUCAGGGCGAUUUCAACGAGUUUUAGCUGUGCCCUUGUUCUCUAUUUACAUGUAUGGGGAACAACAACAGAACUAAUGCUCUCUGGAAUCGUGCCGAAACGGCCAAAUUCCGGGAGCCAAAUAUAAGCUAAGAACACAGUGUGAAUCUAAAAACAAGGAGAAAAAAAAGAUAUAUCAUGUAUACUUCUUGCUAUUUUUAUGCCCUAAAUAAAGAUAGCUAAAAUCCCCCAAUAAUUUCUGUUCUGAUUGUCACUCGUGAGGUUAUUUGUGUGAAAACUAGCGGUAAGACGCUCGUAAUUGCGGAAUCCAAAUAGGUAAAGGUAAAGGCGCACAAGAGCCAAACCCCCAAACGCCCGGAGCUUAUCCCGGUUUCUUUAGCAUGAAGCAUACCUAGGAGUAUUGCUAGACCCCCUAGACGGGAUGCAAAUCCAUCGCAAGGUUACCCCCAGCAGUAGGUUUCCGGUACCCAUUUAUACACCUGGGUGAAGAGAGACAAAGUGGAGUAAAGUUCCUUGUCUAACUGAAGGAAACAACGCUACGGGGGGGCUUUAACCCCGGACCUCCAGAUCCAGAGUUCGAGGUGUUAGCCGCUCGGCUACACACGCCUCCACGGAAGCCAGAUGAUGCUGAACAAAAGGUGAUGGUUAUCAGAGCAACUUUUCGAUUUGUCACUAAAAGAUUACACAGAGUAAAACGGAAAUAACUUAGUGGAUUCAAUCGGUAGAUCUGAUCAUUGACAGUGAAACUUCUUUGACAGCACCUAAUACCGUAGGAUGUGCGCCAAAAAAUUGAGAAUUUUUUGUUCUGUUUUCUUACUGUAUUCUAACAGGAUACGUGGAUAUUACCCCGCAUGGAAGCGAAGAAGCUCUUCAGACUGCUAGUGCCACAGUAGGCCCAAUCUCUGUUGCAAUUGAUGCUAGCCACGGCUCGUUUCAGCUCUACCACAGUGGUGUUUAUGACGAACCGUAAGUGUCUUCUACAAGCCAGCCUGAAAAUUUAUUGAACACUCUUAUUGCGAUUUCUCUUUUCGGUGAGGAUCGAAGAUCGGACCCAGCAGACGGCGGAAAUCGAGCCUAGUCACUUUCCAUUACCUGAACAACUGGAACAGGCUAGUAAUAGCCAAGAGAAAUUGGAAACAAUUUCUAGCUAUACACAAUCGUUUGGGGGGAGUGUGUUAACCUGCAAUCAUGCCCUUAGGAGGAGGUUAACAAGGUGUAUUAUGGGUGAUGUGAAAAAUGAUGAAUCUGUUUUAUCUUUUUACUUGCAGAACAUGUAGCAGCACUCAACUGGACCAUGGUGUUCUUGUUGUUGGGUACGGUACGUAUGAUGGCCAGGACUACUGGUUGGUCAAGAACUCCUGGGGAACAAGCUGGGGAAUGGAAGGCUACAUCAUGAUGUCGAGGAACAAGGAUAAUCAAUGUGGAAUUGCCACGGAAGCCAGCUAUCCUCUUGUUUAAUGUUGCAAAUUGAAAAGUAGAGAGGCUUUGUAAGAUAGUUUUCUUUGACAUAAUUCACUGCAUAAUUCUUUUAACAUCCUGCACUGAAGGCAACCAUCAUUAAAUUUUUUCCUCGUGAUAAUGUAAAACUACAUUUAUUUUCUUACUCCAUUGGCUUCGGCCUUUACAAAUGAUUACCAAGAUAAUCUCAAAAAUUAGCGUCUGGUCUUUACUAAUCAGUGAAAAUCUGAUUCCUCAAGAACAAUAUACUUAACUACUACAGUGGUUAAAGGAAAAGCUUUCAAGUUUGUUGCUUAAACAGAAAGGUUUCAAAAAACAACGCAUAACGAGCAAACUGACCUUUCUAUGGCUACAGCGCAAUUUCAAGGCAACACAAAGUUGUGAGACAAACUUAAAGCAAGGGGCACACGGACACCAACCCACGGCCUGGUCAGUACCUUACUCAUGCGCACAGCCAUAUCACCUGGGCAGUGACAGCCAUGGACAGCUGUUUCGCCCUUAUUGGGGCUCAUCAACAUGGCACAGCCGUCGGCUCCAAUAAGGGCGAAACAGCUGUCCAUGGCUGCCACUGACCGCAGGCUAUGGUGACAAUCGUACGUGGCGACGCGUGUCAACCGGAAGUGAGGCCUUUGUAUUGCUUAGUGUCUUUACUCAGCACAGAGACUAUUUGCCCGAAACUUUGGGCAAAACCAAUGCCCCAGAAUGCAAAACUCACACUUCCGCUUUGCUUGGCUUCUUUAAUUAAGCUUUCAUGUGUGUGUAUUCGACGUCGUUCCCAGACCUAGGGUCCUCUCUCUUAGGGAGGAAGAGAGAGGAGCCUGGGAAUGGGUUUGGUGGGUAUAAUUUCACUUGUGUAAAUCAAUGGAAUCAAAACAUUUCAGUUUCAUAUUUCAACCAAUGCUGAAUCACUAUGAGUUCAAAAGCGCACUGCUAGUGGCUGGAUUAUUCAUUAGAUUUUGCUCUCAAAAUGCUAUUAAGUGCAUGCAAAAGAUAAUACGACAAAUUCACUGAAGAGCUCCCAUCAGCAAACUAAAAAUAAAUAAUAAGUUAAAUUCAACUAAUGGGAAAAAUAUUACGUGAGACAAGAAAACUCAGCCGUCCAGCAAAACUAUCAUAUGUUCUGAUUAAGAAAAGUCAAGCAAUCCUGAAACGCUUUAUAGAUCUCAAGUUUAGCGUUUGGUUAACGCUGGGCUCAGAAAACGAAACCAUGUUUUGUGACACUUAGAACUUUUUUCAGCUUCUUCUUUCCUCUUUCCGGUCAUUUAGUGUUUUGAAAAUUUUGACCGGCAGUCGACCUGAAAAAGGUUGGUAGUGUCACAAAACAUGGUUUCGUUUUCUGAGCCCAGCGUAAACCAAAGGCUAAACUUGAGAUCUAUAAAGCGUUUCAGAAUCGCUUGACUUUUCUUAAUCAACAUAAUGGUAGUUUAGAUUAGCUGGUUUUUUCGAUUUGUUAAAUUUACAGAAAAGACAAGACUGCCGGUCAGUUAGUGUUUUGAAAAGCUUGACGGGUCUCAUUGCCUUUAACAGUGAGGGUGCCUAACUUGGACAGCUAUUGUAUUUGAAAAAUUAAUUUUUAAGAAUUACUCGGCAGCAUACUUUAACUUUUAAUAAUGAGCAUGUUAUAAGGUGCAUUCAAAAUUGAACAAAGGUGAGCAUCAAGAAAUUCAAGCCUGGCUUUGAAGUUGCUUAUUAACUUAAGUAGCAAACGCCAUCUUGAAGAAGCAGCCUCGGAUUCAGUCCUUUCUCACUUCCGGUGACGAACGUUUGCUGUUGUUGAAUCACCACUCAAGGCCCGCUGUACGUAGCCUGCAAACAAGCUCUCCGGGGCGUUCUGUGAAAUGCUGAUUGGUCGAGAUGACGUUAGUAAUGACGUCAUUACCCUUGGCGCGUGUUUUUCGCUCGUUUCCGCUUCGCUCUGAUUGGCGGAAAUCUGACAGGUCAUUCGGCGGGGAGCCACAGGGGAAUUGGGGGUUGAAUUCACAUUCCAGAGACGUAGUUGCAAGCUUUCCUUCCUUUUCCCGCCGCCAGAGCGUCCCAGAGAGAUUGCUCCCCGGCUACGCUGUACGUAUCGAAUACACUUUGUCAAAUUCCCUGCUCCGAGACCAGAAACCGUGUUGCAAUAAGUUUUACAAUCCCGGCACUGGGUCACAAUAAAUCCCCUGCUACGCCCCUACCGGGACGGGGGCGGGGGCCGGGAUUCUAAUUCCACACCUGCGUUGCGUGCCAAGGAUAUUCGCAGUAAGAGUUCCUGUCGAAACUCAACCUGACGGUCUGUGCCAAUCGCGCACUCAUCUCGUGACUUCAUUGUUAAUAUAUUGCGCUGCUACUAAAGUAUCGUUCCCAUUUUUGAGACAGUCAUCGACUUGCGCGACCUUCAUGAGAAGAUCGAACAUUGUACGGCGUCACAAAUGAAAGGUUUUAUCGCUUUUGCACUGUGCCUAGCUUUUGCAAAUGGCCAUAUUCUCAAUAGUGAAUACAAGCAGCAGUGGCAAGCUUGGAAAACUUUUUACGACAAGAAAUACAGCACAGACACCGAAGAGGAAGCGCGCUAUGCAAUUUGGAGAGACAAUCUGAGAGUAAGUUGCAAAUGUAUUUUUUCCUCCAGAAUCAUUACACAUAAAUUCAAGAACAAAUUAUUCUUCCAGGCUUUCUAUCGCUUAGAGGAGAUACCUCUUUCUACAUGACAACAGACUCGCAACAGCAACAAUACUUUUCUACAUUGUUAAGUAGAUGACCGUAUUUAUCCCAGGACUUGGACCGACACUUAGUAUAAUAUUAAGCUUCAUGACCGCUGCGGUAUCAAAAUUAAGUUUAUUCCCACACAUCUGUAGUGAAAGUGUUGUUUUCCUCAUAACAACAAUGCUGAAACUGACUCUACUGAAACUUGUCGCAUUCCACUUUCGUUUACUACGGAAGUAAGGGUGGAUAUAAUUCAUUUAGAGCGGGUUUGGAGCAUGAGCAAGAUCGUGAAAAUGCUUCUUUUUAAUAACUUUAAACCAUAAGAAAACUAAAAGGUAAAUGCGAAGUCUAUAAGCGUAUUCCCCCUUGGGAACUUCCUUAUAUGACCUAUACAAGUAUAUGCGCUGGACAGGGUAUGAAGUUUGAAAGUUUGAAAGUUUGAAGUUUAUUAAUUCAUAAAUACAUAGCAGUUCGAAAACUGAAUUGCGUAUUUACGUUAUAAAAAUUAAAUUAUAGAUCUAAACAUUGACUAAUUUAUCUUAAUUAAAAGGAAUAAAAAGCUGACAAGACAUGGGAUGCUAAAAAAAGUUAUCGAAAUACAAGCUGCGAAAUUCGAAAACUCUAACCUAUGAGUUAGUUGCUUUAAGAAAAUAACUUAUAAAGGCGGUGAUUGUUGCCAUUUACAAUUGUGUGAACAAGUGACUCACAUAUUUCGUCAUGUUGGAUUGCUAAUUCCUUAAAGUUCAUAAUAACAAGAGCCUCAUGAUAACUAUAACACCAGGGCAGAUAAUGGACAUUGCUCUCUUCUGUACACCUUCCAACUCUUGCAUUCAUAGGCGUACGGGCAAUUUUUUGCCAGGGGGGGCGGUAAUCCAUUUGCCCAAAAAAUUGUUGCAAGUUGCCCAAAUUUUUACAAAACAGUCGAAAGGAAACUAGGGCCAUGCAACAAAAUAGGCCGUACUGGCAUAUGAAAGUGGCUCGAUACAGUUUUUCAGAGUCAAUACCUGCCAAGUUUGAGCAUAAACUUCGUCGCCAUAAACAAGCAUUUGGAAAAAAUUGACACCACAGUUGUAUUAGAUAAAGAGGGAAAUUUGUCAUGAUCAGGGUUGCAAUGACAUCGGAGCUGUCAUAGCAAUGAAAUGACGCCAUUACCUUAUUCUACUUGCAGCAAUAUUUCUCACUGGUAAAUGUUCUUACAAAAUCGUUCAGGGGAGCUCUUUCCUCCAAUAGUCGCCUCGAUGUUCGUGAAGUUAAAACGGAACUGUAAGAGCGUUAUCGAGAUAUUUUGGGAUGAAGUUUUUAUUGUUAGAAAUAAGGUAAAAAAGGAAAAUCUUGAUGUUUAGUCGCAAUCUGAAGAAAACGAAACGCUUUUAACAUGCAUUUUCACCUCAUUAAAAACGUGUGUGAAAGAUCAUGGAGAUAGCUCCUGCCAAUUGCUACAAAGAAGGAUUUGAUAAGCGCUCGAUCUUGUUAGGGGUUUUGUAAACAUUUCGGUCUACUUAAACAAAUUAAUGAAUAAUUUUUAAACCGCUCGAUAGAUUUUUUCAAAAAAAUUAUGAUUCUUCUCGUAAUUCAAACUGAGAAUUAGUCAGCCACUUCUUCACUUUCAGACCCAUUGCUGAUGCGUGUUCUGCCACAAACUGUUCUAGGAGCGGAGGUGAUUCCAGAAAGUUAUGCGGAAGUUUAUUCUAAUCAAUUCACGACUGGAAAUAGCCUAUUCUAGCUCGUGCAGUGAAGUACAGUGCCCAACAAUAAAAAAAAAUCCGCAUAUGAUACCCUUCCCUUAUAACCAGAAACUCAUCACGUGCUAGGCAACCACUGUCUCGUGUGAACGUAACUGAAUUAUUACUCCGACUUCUGGUUAAAAUAGGAAAUAUUUAUCUCUUCAAAAUAAUAAUAAAAAUAAAAAACAUGGAAACGUGUUUAAAAACUGGCUUUGCCCAAAUUUUCUCUUGCUGCCCAAAAAAUCUGAGUUGCCCAAACUUUGGGGGGGCUGCAGCCCCCCUCGCCCCCCCGGCCCGUACGCCUAUGCUUGCAUUAAAUAUUCAGGCAAACGGAAGUGAAAGCCCGGUACUGCAUAGUCCAUAAUUGAUCUAAUACAACUAGAGUAGUUAAUAAAGUUUCGAAAGUAGCGACCCUCUGAAAGUAGCGAUAAAAUUUCACAAGUGAUAGCAAAUCCCGAAAGUAACAAUCCCCCGAAAGUAACGACCCCCUGAAAGUAUCGACCUCAAAGUAAUUACCCUUUUUUGGCAAGAAAUAACGGAAAUAAUAGAUAUAAAAAGCUAAACCAAACUGAUCCCAGGUUUAUUUUUAACUGAUUACAAUAAUCAUUGACAUUCCUAUUUAAAGGAAAAUACGUAACUCUUAACCCAUUUGCUCUGGGAAUUUAGCAGAAAAUCGCGCUUUGAAGCUAGUUGAGCCCGUUUCUGGUUACGCUCUGACUAUAAAGACCUAAAACUUGCCAAAAAGCCGUUUACGGGCUCAAACCACCUUCUCUCCACCCUCAGCUGGGAGAGGCUGUCUCUUCGACAAAAGAAACAAAAAGCCUUAAUGAUGUAUAAAACCAUGAAUGACCUUACACCGGAAUAUCUACAAAGUCUUUUCUUUCAGUGUCACUCUGCUUACAACUUAAGAAACUCUGAGGGAAGGCUGAACCUGUCCAAACCAAGCACGAAUUAUUUGAAACGAAGCUUCUCUUACAGCGGGGCUAUGUUAUGGAAUAACUUGCCCAAAAACUUAAAAAAUGCUGCAUCCGUUGAGCAUUUUAAGCGAAAUAUCAAGAAGGUAGCUGAUAUAUCGGAUUCCCACACUGCAAUCAUGUAAAGCAGUUGUAAUUAGUUUUAGUUUUUAACUUAAGCUUAACUGAUGAUUUCCCGUGUUUAAAUAAAGAUUUACAUACAUACAUACGGGUCGUGCUCUCCGUGGCCUUCUUUUCAAGAUGCAAAAUAUCAGCCUCCGAAGUUCGGGCAUUCGCAGAAAGCAUUGCCGAAAAGUUAAAAAGUGACACAGCAGUCUUGACGUUAACCUUUUCGCCUUUUCGCAACAUUGAACAACAUACCAUCAACUUCCCUUGCCCCACCUUCGUCAUAUGAAGAGAAGGAGAUGCUUGACAAAAAAUUGGAAUUAAACCCGUAAAUGAAACAAAUCGGGUCACCGAUCGACUACCCUGGGUGCCCAUGGCUUUAAAGGCCGAAGACGUGUCCGGGCCUGCGGCCGACCCCUAGGCAUCUCCGCCGCACUCAAUCGCCGCCUGCGAGAAAAAACCUCUGGUACCCAGCGUAAUCCUCCGACGAGCCCGACGAGAUACCGCUAUACUGUUCUUCUUCAUCUUUCUUCACACACAGCCAUAACUGGCGAUAACAAAAGUGGCCAAAGUCGAAAUUUCAUUUUGUUAAAUGCUGAAGAACAAAUAGUAUCAUCAGGAGCCCAUGGUAUCAUGCGAAAGUAUUGCUGAAGAGGUUUUAUUUGAAUGACCACAUCAUAGGAUUUCGUCCACAGACUCAAAAGUUAGAAUCCCCUUAGCAGACUCCAUCACGCAUUCACUGUGAGAGCGAAAGGCUUAAUUGUUCUAACUGUGGUCAUGCAGUGUCUGAAGGAACCAAUAGUUCUAAUAGUUCAAGACAAGUUUCAGGACAUUUUUCAAACCUUUAGCAAAUAACGAUAUUACAUAAAAACAUGCCAAAUUCAGUUUUGUAUUCUGGGAGAAGCAAACUACCUGUACAACGUGCCAACUCUAAUGUUCAAUCAGCUUUCUUUCCCAAUUUUCUAAAGCAACAACGAACAAUACCCAAGGGUGUGUGACAGAACUUUUGAAUUGCGAUUUUUCAGAGGACCUUGAACUUGAAAGCGAAACUCGAGUCGCUUGUAUUUGAAUUCUAAUUUUGACAAUAAAGCCUUAUAUCUUCUCAUCGUUAGUGUUCGUUAGAAGACGGGGGAUUUAGUACCUGGUGCCAGAGGCUUUUCAUGCGUGGUUUCCGGUUUCGGUCAAGUCUUUAAAAGUGACCUUCGCCGCUCGUGUCUUCGGCCUUCGGCCGAACAAGUGUCGGCCUGUGGCGAACGAAACGACCCGCGAGACGCACGCGAGAAAAAAACUCUGGUACCCAGGGAAGGGAUUUGAGGUCCUCUAUUAGAAGCGUGAAAAACGUCCUCGAUAUUUUCCACACCUUCUUCGUCUGCGUAUUUGAUGGCAUCCCGAGAGCAAGAUCUCGACUCGGGUCUUGGGGACGAGUGACAGGGAAUCUUCUUGGUAAUUAAGUAUUCUACAUUUAUGGAAAAGGGCUAUAAUUCAAUGUGUAAAAUUGUUUGUUCCUCUUUAAUAUUCUAAGAAAGUUCAACAGCACAAUUCUGAAGGACAUUCAUACACCCUGGCCAUGAAUCAGUUUGGUGAUCUUACAGUGGACGAAUACCGCUAUUUCUUCCUGGGACUGCGUUCUGAUUUCUCUAAUGGGACAAAAGGUUCAACUUUCCUCCCACCCAGUGGAGUCACUCUACCAGACACAGUCGACUGGAGAACUAAAGGAUACGUUACUCCCGUAAAGAAUCAAGGUAUGCUGCUCUCUAACAGUAUUUAUACCAUGUCUACGCUGAACAAAGAACACGUUUAGUGUUAUUUUUAAUUUCACGCGUAGUAUUCGUAGCCCACUUCUAAUCCGGUCGAACGUCAGUAAACUCGCUUUGACCACAUAGACAAACAACAGCGAAAAGAAGCGGAUGUUGUUCCCAGUGUAGAUAAGGAUCAGCAAUACAAUACAGAAUAAAACUUUAAAGGCAAAGUUGAUCGAACAACUAUGUGGGUAAUCUGUAUUUGCCCAAUACUUUGGUUAGGCAAACUAACCUCAUCGGGGGCUAUAAAAGCAAAGUAAAAAUGGAACGGACUAAAAAAGUAAAGAUAAAAUGUGACUGGUAGAGAAAGACAGUAGAACUGGGGGGAGAGAUGUUUCUGUAGAGGCAAAUAAGUUUCAAUUCUGCUGUCACAGUUUGGAAUGUAAAAAUAUGCGUUUCAUUAAAUUCUCUAUAUCGAAUGCUGUAAAGUUCAGUCUUGAACCGUGGCUCUUAAAACGAAUACGAAACUAUUUUUAGGUCAGUGCGGCUCUUGCUGGUCUUUCAGUGCAACAGGAUCACUGGAAGGACAACACUUCAAGAAAACUGGAAACCUUGUCUCACUUAGUGAACAGAACCUUGUCGACUGCUCCGGACGUUACGGCAACCGUGGCUGUAGUGGAGGACUCAUGGAUAAGGCUUUCAGGUACAUCAAAGCCAAUGGUGGCAUUGAUACUGAAGAAAGCUAUCCGUAUGAGGCUAGGGAAGGACAAUGUCGUUUUCAACGGGCCUACGUGGGAGCUACGGUCACCGGUAAGAUUUUCUAAGAACCGGGGGGGUACUCCCUUACAAGAGCCUAACAAGGAUGUGCCGCUGGAUGGGGUCGCAUUUUCACGACUGGAGUGACUAUAAUGGGGUCGCAAAUUUUCGAAUUUUGGGGGUAAGUAGGGAUUCAAAAUGGGAAGAUUCUCGGUUAAGAAAUCAGAAAGCUGUUGUCUAUUAAAUUUAACAAGAAGUUCGCAUUGACCGCAUUACAUUCUGCCCGCUUGAAACCACAAAAGGUAGAUGCAUAGAUAGAAAGUGACUAAGUUGGGAUCGCGAAAAUUACAUUUUCCAAAAAAAUAGACUAAAAUUGGAUGGGGGCUCUGAGAGGCCAGAGGCACAUACCAAGCAAACAUUACCCCAAGUACCCCCCCCCCCCCCCCCCCCCCUCCGCCGGGUCUAAGAAAGGAGAGAGUUUUGGUAAGCGUGUCCGAAUUCUGCAGACGAAUGUCAACUUUUUUAUGGGACGGUUUGGCCGCUUAGAAAAGCAGUAAGACGUUCGUAAUUGAGGAAUUCAGAUAAUCAGAAUUAACUUUUCAAUUUAUCGUUAGAAAAUUACACGUUUUAAAAAAUAACUGGAUACAGUAGAAUUGAUAAAGUAGAAUAAUUUGUGAGCGAAAUUCUCAGUAGUAUGUCACUAUUGAAAUAAAACAUCUUUGACAGAAUUUAAUACAGCAGGAUUUUCCAAAGGUAAAUUGAUUAUUUUUCUCUGUUUUCUUACUGUGUUUACACAGGUUACAUGGACAUUACAACUGGAAGCGAAGAAGCUCUUCAGAUUGCUAGUGCCACAGUAGGCCCAAUUUCCGUUGCUAUUGAUGCCAGUCACAGCUCAUUUCACCUCUACCACAGUGGAGUUUAUAACGAACCGUAAGUUUCCUCUACAAACCAGUCUUAGAUUAUAUUCAACACCCGUAUUCAGGUCUCUUAUAGUUGAACAAAAAAAAUCAGGAAUAACACUGAAGAAUAUCUCAUAUCUUAUAUAUUAACGCCACUAAAAAUAAAAACAAAGGCGAUUAAGGGAGAGAAAAUAUUGAAGCGGAAGAACCGUGAAACGAAGGACAAAUGAAAUAAGCUUUCAUUCCUUUUUCUUAUCCUCUUUCUACUAAUUUUAGUCUCAAAAUAGAACUGCACGUUUCCAUUUAAGGUUCACAUCAUUGUCUUUUUUACCAAACUGAAUGAAUUAUUCAACAUUUUAACAUUCAAUACCCCCUCCCUUAAAAGAGAUCGGGCGAGGGCGGGGAAACUUUUCCUCCUCUAAUAACCAAGAGAAAUUAGGAACCAUUGCAAUACAAAACUGUUUGAAGAGGGUGGGUUAGCCUGCAAUCAUUCCCUUAGGCGGAGGUUAACAAAGUGUAUUAUGGGUAAUGUAAAGAAUGGUAAAUCUUUUUUCACUUGCAGAACAUGUAGCAGUACUAGCCUCAACCAUGCUGUUCUUGUCGUUGGAUAUGGAACCUAUGGAGGGAAGGACUACUGGCUGGUCAAAAACUCUUGGGGAACAAGCUGGGGAAUGGAAGGCUACAUCAUGAUGUCGAGAAACAAGAAUAAUCAAUGUGGGAUUGCCACCAGCGCCAGCUAUCCUCUUGUUUAAUUUUACUUAACGGAAGUAGCUAAAAGCUUUGUAAAAUAAUUUUCUUUGGUAAAGGCGUUUUUCUGUCCGAUAAAAGGACAUAACCGCCUGUAGAAUAUGAAUUAAGAACAUAGUGAAUAAAACUUUUAAAAGACGUGC